GUUGCUGUCACAGAUUUGUAAAGUGAAGAGCCGCGAGACAGAGCCGUCUGGAGCGCGCACACCGAAAAGAUGGAGCUGUCGGCGGUAGGAGAGCGGGUUUUCGCCGCAGAAGCCAUCCUGAAAAGCCGCGUUAGGAAAGGUCGAAUCGAGUACCUGGUUAAAUGGAAAGGUUGGGCGCUAAAACACAGCACAUGGGAACCAGAGAAUAACAUCUUGGAUGAUCGACUCAUCACGGGCUUUGAGCAAAAGGAGCGGGAGCAGGAACUUUACGGCCCAAAGAAACGUGGACCUAAACCAAAAAACUUUGUACUAAAGGCACGGGCACAGGCGGGUGAUAGACCUCGGAGCUCAAAUACUCGACGCACUCCACCUCGCACUACUGCGAAGCCUCCCGCCUCUUCCUCUUCUGCAAGUGCAGCUCCUCCUCAGCCUUCAUCGUCCUCUUCCUACAACACUGCUCCAACCCCCAGAGUGCACUCUCUCGCCGCUGCUCAUAAACUGAAGAAAGACAUCCAUCGUUGUCAUAGGAUGUCUCGAAGACCUUUGCCGCGACCUGACCCCCUAGGUGACCCCACGGGAUCCACGUCCUCAUCCCGUCCUCCCAUCUCUCCGUUCUCUGAAACUGUCCGCAUCCUCAACCGCAGGGUCAAACCGCGGGAGGUGAAGCGAGGACGCAUAAUCUUGAACCUGAAGGUCAUUGACAAAGCCGAAAACGGUGGAGUAGCAAGUAGAAGGACACCGCAGUCGUUCGCGGGGCGGGCGAAAAUCCCAUCCCGGAAUCGCAUCAUUGGGAAAAAGCAUGGGGACAUGCCUUACAGGCCUUUCCAGCAUCCUAUGAAGAUGUUAGGCUUCCCGAUGUACGGCCAACCAUUCGGGCUUAACCCCUGUGGGUCAAUGUCCUCCGUGGCCAAUGAAGGAUCCAACACCGGAGUCAAUCGGAGAGGUGGAGGCUGCUGUGAUAGCCAUUCCUCUGCAAAUGCGCAGAAGUUUCAAUAUCAGCCUCCACCUUCUCCAUCCAGCUCCAGUGGGUCUAACAACAGCUCCACUUCACCUCAGAAACAAGCAACUCAACCUGAAGCUCCAACUAAAUUGGACUCUGCAGCCUCAUCACGUUCCCGAGAUGCCUCCCAACCUCACCCUAAGUCCAGCUCUGCGCCAUUCCUCCCUUCCUCACCUUCCUAUUCAUCCUCCCCGUCAUCCUCUCUUGAAGACGAAGACCACGGCUCUCCGAAUCUUGCCACUUCUCGGGGCGGAAAGCGGAAACUUCGACAUCGAACCCAGGUGGGUCGAGCUUCGGUCUGCCAGGUUAGUGACCGCACUACUGCCCCACUUCCUGAGGAAAGCAGGGUGCCAAAAGAGGGGGAUCCCGAUUGGCACCCUGAAAUGGCACCCAGCUGUGCCAAUGUAGUCGUGACUGACGUCACUACAAACCUUCUCACAGUCACCAUCAAGGAAUUCUGCCAUUCAGGAGCUGGUUCUGAACCCUCCUCCCCUUGCCAAGCUGACAAACCACCCUGUCCCACCACAGCUGCCUCUUGAAAGUUCCCCCUAAACUCUCCAAUAAAAAUAUCUGCCCACUAAACCCCAUGAGAACUUGCCAUAAUGAUAUUAUCACACACCCUAAAAUAGUUGCCGUUAAUGAAAUUAAAAUGUAUUUUUUGGGUGAAAUUAAAAUGUAUUUAAGUAAUAUUUAAAUGCAGGGGUGCUUUCCUUGACCUGUACUUUUUAAACAACAUGUUAUGAUGGUUUUGUAGUACUUCAUGCUUUUCUUCCCCCUCUUUUUUCCCCAGUGAUCCUGUCUUUCCACAGCCUUUUUUCCCCAAGUAAUUGCACCUUGUCUUGUCACCUCCAGUCCUGUAGAGACCACCAUUCCCAUAUCUACAGACCUAAAGUUCAGAAUCAACCCAAGAAAUGUUGAUCUCAACAGCUUUCUUGGAUUCGAGAUGUUGCACCAAGACAUUUGUAAUCUUUUGAGGUCCGUUUUCAUUGGGAUACCGAACACAGGAUGCUUUGGAAGUUCAGCCAGUGUGGGUGAAGAUCCGCACACACACACUUGAUAGAUAACACUUAGUGCAUUGAUCUCACCAACCUUUUCCUGUGCUAACGAAGAACCUUGCUGAUGAAGAACCCAAGUGACUCUAUUUAUAUGCACCAAGCUGUAAAAUCCUGAGGACAGUUAAGUUAUUUCCUUCUGCUUGAAUGAUCCAGCUGUCUGCUGAGACUAAACUGACUCAAGUGUGAAUGCUGAGGACUGCAUCUGUAGUGUGGUACUGUACGUUAAACCUUCCACAUACUCAAUUACUCACUUGGAGAAGAACCUUCUCAUAUUUGCCUUCUGACUACAAUAGUUUGUGUUUCAUGUUAUAGUUACUGUAUUUUUGGGGCCGGUAACCAGAGGUAGUUUCUCUCAGAACUUGAUUGGAGGAGUUCAAAUACCAUUUAGAGACUUUUACACUAAGUGGGUCUCAAAAAUACCAAAUAUAACAGAUUGCCUUGGUUGAUGAAACCCUCUUUCGCACUCUCAAAUGAUAAAGUCUGGGACCAUGCAUAUUGUGUGUUAUGCUGGUGACUGCAUGUUGUUGGCCCUUGAGCUCAUCCCGUGUUGUCUGCAGGUCCGACUGGGCGCUAGCAUUGACAAUACAGACCUGGGAUAAAGUUAGCUUGUUUAGUUAGUAGAUGCUAGGGAUGUGUCAGUACUUAUAUUUUGGAAUUGGUCCGAUUUUGGGUACUCAUAAAAGUGCUCCAAUACUAAUGUCCAUGGAAAGAAUCUAUCUAUCUAUCUAUCUAUCUGGAAGUAUUGGUAUUCACAUUAUUUAAACAAAAAUGGUUUCUGUGCAUCCCUAGUAGAUACACCACUUGCUGUCGGUUGUAGUUAAAUGUUUAAAGAAUAGUUCAUCCAAAAAUGAACAUUCUGUUUUAGAAUUUUCAUUAAUUUACUCACCAUCAUGUAGUUCCAAACCUGUACGAUUUGUGGUAUGUUUACCAGUAUGUUCCAUACUAUGAAAGUGGAUAGGGACCAGAGGCUGUAAAUCUCUAAAAAAGACAAAUGACUUGUGUGCGCUGUAUUCCAAGAUGUAUAAAGCCAUUUUAUUGCUACCUAAAAUGGGCUGAAAAAAGUUGGCUUGACAGCCUUGGACACCAUUCACUUUCAUUGUAGGGAAAAGAGCAGCUUAGACAUUCUGACGAAUAACUCCUUUUAUGUUUUACUGAAGAAAUGUUUCCGAAUGCAUGAAGGUGAGUACAUGACGCCAGUUUUGCAUGAACGUCAUUUAAUAUUUAACAUUUUACUGAAAGCUAAAUGUUUUAGUUGCUGCAUGGCAUAAUUUUAUUAUUUUAGAAUUUAUUAAAAAGAAGUUGUGGGAUGCUUUUCGCUUAGGCUUUUUUCGGGCAGUCCAGCAAGCAAUAUUAUAACCUGUCACAUCAGCCCUGAAGAAACAGGCUAACACACAGUUUAUGGCAGCUAACCUGGUUGUACUGAAGGAUGAUAAAAUGUCAGACUCCACCGGAGGACAAAGGCAAACCUCAUUAUAAGAUUUAAUUAUAGAACACAAUUAAGUUCCACUUGUAGUCAUAUACAGUCGUCCUCUAAUGGAGCAUUAUUACUCCAUCACUGUGCCUUUAGGGAGAAAUGAAAACCUUACAACAUUUUUUAUGACUUUUUUUAAGCGUUUCCCCAAAUUAUUUACAAAUAUUGACAAUUUUUAAAUAUUUUCAUAUUUUUAGUAUGUGUGUGUGUGUGUGUGUGUAUUAUAACUUUUUCUUUUAAUAACUUUUUAGUUUACCCAGCUUCCAAACAUUAAUGUGAACUUAUCUACUCUUAUCUUAUCUACUUAUUUUCUUUUUCAAAGUUCUUUAAAAGCUUUUUUGUUUAUCAUAGUCAUAUGUUUAUCCCAGGUCUGAAAUAAUUCAUGUUCUGAACAUAUCCCUGGUGCUGCCCCACGUAGGGCGCCACGUGUGGUGCAUCUGUACAAUAAUAUCUAAUAUUGAAGCAUGUGUUGCCUUUAGCUGCUCCGUUCGAUCCCAUGAUGUUGUUACCUUUGCCAACAGUACAAAUUGUUCCACAUACAAAACAGUCAAGUCCUUGUUUACCUUUAUAUCCUCAAUGUUAGAAAAAUAGAUGUCACUAUGGUGUGAAACAAUGCAAGAUGGUUUAAAGAGGUAGCUUAGCACUAUGAUAAUACGUGGCCUACAUUUCAUGCAAUAGGGCUUGUAUUUUAUAGGAUGUAGCCACCAGGGACCAUCACUGCACAGACAAGAAGAGAUUAUGUUUAUAAGGAUGAAGGUAUACUGGAGGUUACAUCCUCAAAUUUCAGUGUCUGAUGUGUUUUUUUUUUUCUUUCAUUUUAAGAUGAAUUAUUAAUUUCACCGUGCUGUAGAAGUGAAUGAUAUGUGAUGCCUUUAUUUCAUAGCCAUUGUUCAAUUUUACUAGUCUACUUUGGGUUUGAGAGAAUGUAGAACUCAAAAAUGAUAAGUGUGAUUUAUAGGAGUCAUUUCUUUGGUGGCAUUGAUGAAGCUGAUUGUGAUAAUGAACUUGUUGCUAUGACAUUGUAAUGUAAUGGAUGCAUGAUUUGAGAACCCUAAUUGUACAGGUCCUUUAAAUGUCAUAAUGUGUCUGUUGCUUUGUGUGUUUCUUGAAAGAGGCUUUUAAUAAAAUCACUUUAAAGACA